GUAGUGCGUGGUCUAUGCAAGAUCUUCUGUGGGAACCAUGGCUGACGGUCAGACCAAUCAGCCUGCUUUGUCUUGGACGUAUAUGUACAAUUUUGCAACGUCGCGAGGUUACACGUUUCAUUGUAACAGUCGACGAUCGCUAUGUGUAAUGCUAAUCGCCGUUCUAUUGUUGGUCUGGAUGUUUUACAUGGCGAUAAGCAGCAUCGGAGGAGAUUCGGCUUUUUACGUAUAUCCCAAUAUCUACAACGAUGCCGAGAGGGAUACGUUCCUUUUUGACACCUUCCCAGAAGAUUUCAUGUGGAGCAGCGCGACUUCCGCAUAUCAGAUAGAAGGGGGCUGGAACGAGGAUGGCAAAGGUGUCAGCAUUUGGGAUGAGUUUUCCCAUGAUCCAACUCUUAUUUAUGGGGGACAGUCGGGCGACGUUGCGUGCGAUAGCUACCAUAAAUGGCGCGAUGAUAUCGAAAUUUUGAAGGAGAUGAAACUAAAAGCCUAUCGAUUUUCAAUCAGUUGGUCUCGACUUCUACCAGACGGUACGGUCAAUAGUAUAAACGAAGCCGGAAUUCGGUACUACAACGAAUUGAUCGACGGAUUACUGGAAGCCAACAUCGUGCCAGUCGUUACGUUAUAUCACUGGGACUUGCCGCUUAAUUUGCAUAAAAAGUAUGGUGGUUGGUUGAAUGUUGCAAUUGUUCAAGAUUUCAAUAACUUUGCUAAGCUCUGCUUCAUGCGAUUCGGCGAUCGCGUGAAGAACUGGAUCACUCUAAACGAGCCAUGGGUUGUGGCUCAGUUGGGUUACGGGAGCUUCGUAAAAGCGCCUGGUAUUCUUGGAGACGGGAUGAAAACAUACAUCGCGGCGCAUAAUUUGAUUAAAGCCCACGCCGCCGCAUGGCAUACAUACGAUAACGAAUUUCGCGCUAAACAGGGCGGCAUCGUCGGCAUUUCGUUGAACUGUGACUGGGCGGAGCCAUAUAAACGCACAAACCCCGUGGAUGUUGAGGCAUCAAAUCGAUUGUUACAGUUCUUCAUCGGCUGGUUUGCUCAUCCGAUUUUCGUCGACGGUGACUACCCAGAAAUAAUGAAAACGAGGAUCGAUAACAAAAGUCGUCUGCAAGGCUAUACCGAGUCCAGGCUACCGAAGUUUACCGAAGAAGAGAAACAGUUUAUAUCGGGUACCUCCGACUUUCUGGGUUUAAAUCACUACACGACGACGUACACGGCACCAGCACCAGAAGACAACAGCGUGCCGCCGGGGUGGGGGAAAGACAACGGUGUACAGAAAUGGUUCAAUAAAAAAUGGCCUGGUUCAGGAUCGGGCUGGCUGAAAGGCGUGCCGUGGGGGAUACGCCGGCUGUUGGAAUGGUUGAAAGAAGAAUACAAUGAUCCAGAUAUUUACAUAACUGAAAAUGGGUUUUCUGCCAGAGAACCGGAGAAUCUGGACGACACUGGAAGGGUACAGUAUUACAUGUCGUAUAUUAACGAAGUCUUGAAAGCCAUCAAAUUGGAUGGAGUUAAGGUCAAAGGUUACACAGCCUGGUCGUUGAUGGAUAACUUCGAGUGGGCAGCAGGGUACAGCGAGAGAUUUGGAUUAUAUCACGUCGAUUUCAACAAUCCAAGUAAACCACGUCGGCCGAAGCUUUCCGCCAAACUAUAUACAACUAUAGUGGAAAACAAUGGAUUCCAAGAAGAGUCGCACGGAACUCUGGAAAUGUAUCUGGACCCAAAUUUAUUCGAAGUGCGCCUUUGUUCACACCCACCGCACACCCAUCUGCGUGAAAACAUCAUGCUGCCGAAGAUGCUGAUCUUGGUAACUUUGAUGUUGCUACCCGUUGUGAGCAAUGCCGAUGAUCCAUACUAUGUCUACCCUGAUGUGUUCAACGAUCCAGAAAGAGAUGCGUUCUUAUUCGGAACUUUCCCAGAAGGUUUUAUAUGGAGCAGCGCCACGUCGUCUUACCAAAUAGAAGGGGGCUACGACGCGGACGGCAAGGGGUACAAUAUUUGGGACACCUUCGCCAACACACCUGGCAAUAUUGCCAACAACGACACCGGUAACAUCGCGUGCGACAGCUACAAUAAGUGGGAGGAAGAUGUUCGCAUAAUUAAAGAACUCGACUUGGAGUAUUACAGAUUUUCGCUCAGUUGGUCUCGAAUUUUACCCGACGGUACGGCGGACAAUGUCAACCAAGCUGGUAUCGAUUAUUAUAACAAUCUCAUCGAUGGCCUUUUGGCGGACGGCAUCACCCCGAUGGUAACUCUAUAUCAUUGGGAUCUGCCCCAAGACUUGCAAGACGACUAUGGUGGUUGGUUGAACGAAACUAUUAUCUAUGACUUUGGCGAAUACGCCAGGGUGUGCUAUGAAAACUUUGGGGACCGCGUUAAGUUAUGGCUGACAUUGAACGAGCCGUGGAUUAUUGCACAGCUAGGGUACGGAUGCGGCGGGUUUGCUCCUGGUGUAUGCGCAGAUGGCACGGGUUCCUACGUAGCAGCACACAACUUGAUCAAGUCACAUGCCAAGGCUUGGCAUAUCUACGAUGAUGAUUUCCGCGCCACCCAGGCAGGUAGAGUAGGUAUAACGCUGAACUCUGACUGGAUGGAACCCUACAACAGGAGCUUGGAAACGGACCUAAAUGCCGCCGAGCGUGCUCAGCAAUUCCAUCUAGGCUGGUUCGGCCACCCAAUCUUCGUCGAUGGCGACUACCCAGAAGUGAUGCGGGAGAUGAUAGAUUACAGCAGCGAGGUGCAAGGAUACAACGAAUCGCGUCUUCCAACAUUUACCGCGCUUGAAAAGGAGUACAUUCUUGGUUCGUCCGAUUUCUUUGGACUGAACCAUUACACCACUGGAUAUGCCAGUAAGCCAGACGAAUGGGUAAUCAGCGAUAACCCGAGCUACUACAACGAUUACGCUGUAGAUUUCUGGAAAGACCCCGAAUGGCCAUCCUCGGGUUCCGACUGGUUGAAAUCGGUGCCGUGGGGUAUCAGAAGAUUAUUAGAAUGGAUAAAAGACGAAUAUGGAGAUCCUGAAAUUUACGUCACUGAAAACGGAUUUUCGACUAAGGAUAUCGACGAUCUCAACGACCCGGACAGAAUAGACUACUACCAGUCCUACAUUGACGAAGUUUUGAAAGCAAUUGAAAUGGACGGAGUUAAUGUGAAGGCCUACACUGCAUGGUCUUUGAUGGAUAACUUUGAAUGGGCAGCAGGCUACACAGAACGUUUUGGUAUGCACCAUGUUGAUUUCGACGACGACGACAGACCACGGACACAGAAAGAUUCUUCGUUAUUUUAUGCUACGGUCAAGGCAAAUAACGGAUUUCCAAAGCCAACUGAAGAGCCAAUAACGGAAGAACCAGCAGUUGCAGGGUCGUCACAUCUCGGUCUCACUAUAACUUGCUUUCUGCCUUUCGUCAAUUUUUGCUUACGCAAAUUUAUACUAUGAUCGUAUUUUACUUUUAUACUUUUUUAUGCCGC